GGAGAAAAAGAGAAAAGAAAAUGAAGAAAGCGUAAAUCCCUCCAAUAGAAUAUGCAAAACAAGGCUUCCGGCUCCGUCUAGAAGCCGCGGCUAAACAAAUCCAACCUGGGCAACGAAGAUAUCAUUUUGAUAGUACAGGGAAAACUAACCCUGAUCGUCCCAAGAACCCAGCUAACCACAAAGAGGAAGAAAUAACGAGAACAUAGGGAAAACAUCUUAAGGCGGAAAAGGAAAAAGAGAUAAAAAUCAUAAAUCCUUAGUAUUGGCCAUCUCUGCCGUAAGCAAUUUCCCAACUCAUCUCUGGCUGGUAUUGGGCCCAAAUUAUUGGGCCGAAAUCCAAUACACGAAGAAGAAGAAGAGUUUUCGCCUAGAAUGGCCUAGAAAGAUGGCGGUAUCAUAGGCGAGCGAUUCGACUGUCGUCUGGACAGAGGGCUUACCGAACAUAUUUGAUUUUCUGUCUAAAAACAUGGCGGUGUCGCAGACGUGGAGCGAUUCGCUGACCAACCUUGAUUUUAAGAAGUGGGUGUGCAUCUAUCCAGUCUAUAUAAAUAGUAAGAAAACACUGGCAGAGGGACGCAAACUAGCGAAGGACAAGUGCGUGGAGAACCCAACAUAUGAGGAGAUUCGAGAUGUGCUGGCUGCUGCGGGGUUAUGUGUUGGCGUUGAAAACAAGAUUCAUCCUAGAGAGCGGAGCAAAGAACUACAACACAGAGGACGUAUUCGGGUGGUACUGAAGGAUCCCUAUGGGCUUCCACUGAAUCCUAUUUUUCCAACUAGAGACUCUCUUUUAGUUUACUUAGGUGCUAUGAUUCCAAAACUAAAGACUAGGAAAACUAAGCAAGUCAGCUCCGAGUCUUCUUCUCAACAAGGAUCGUCUUCGUCUAAAAAAGGAAAAGGAAAGGGACGUAGAUAAAAUUUAUCCAUUAGAGAUUUAAUAUCCUGAUAUUGUGUGAUAUCGGUGUAAUACGAUUUACAAAUACCAGGUUCCAUAAUGUAAAAUAUAAUAGUAAAUUAUAUUCUUGGUAAUAAUUUUCUAAGUUUGUAACUGAUGUGGAUCAUGUUUCAUUGAAUAAUUCUUGUAUGAUUAUUGUUAGAUUUAUUUUAUUAGAAAAAUCUGUAUAUCAAAGUACAAUAGAAAUUGUCAAUGAAA